CAGACAGUAUUAAAAAAUUGCCUAGAUAUGGAUAACAGUGAUGGAGCGAGUCAGUGGAGGGACAGUGAGGUAUUAGACCUAAUUAAUAUAUGGGGAGAUACCUCUAUUCAAGCGAAAUUAGAAGGGUCCUACCGUAACCGCUCUGUUUUUGAAAAGAUAGCACACGAAAUGGAGGAACGGGGACACAGGAGAACGUGGCUGCAGUGCCAAAGGAAGGUUAAGAGUCUUAAGAGUAAAUUUAAAGAAGCAAAUGAUUCUAACAACCGAAGCGGUCGUGGUCGCAUCACCUGCCCAUUUUACAACGAGAUUAGCCGUGUUAUGGGCGAUAAACCCAGCUGUCAGCCGUUGGAGCUGCUGGAUAGCUACGAAGCAGGUGAAGAGGAGCCUGAAACUCCGAGGAGUUCAGCAGACAGCCUGGAUAUAGAUGUCGAAACAGAUGAUACAAGCACAGAGUCACUCCCAUCUGCAUCUUCUGUGUCUUCUGCACCAUCUACAUCUGGAGAAAGCUCAUCAGCUGCAGGCAUUACAGAGACCACUGGAAGAAGCACAACAGCCAGCAAGUCCUCUGGAACUACAUCUGCCAAGAGCAGGAAAAGGAAGACCAAGAUGGAAGCAACACUGGAAAUCUUCACUGAAAAGAUCAGCAGUGCCCUCAACAACACAGACGACACUGAGCUUCAAUUGAAAAUGCAAGCAGCACAGCAUGAGCAUGAGCUCAAAAUGCUCUCAAUGUUCACACAGUUUCUUGCCAGAUCAAAUUCCCCAUGUCCACCUUUCUACCAGGCACCAGUCCAGCCCUCACAGUACAACCCAAGACAACUGCCGCCUCAGCCUACCUUUUACAACUUUACUCAGCCCCCGAAAUUUAGCAUGGGUUCACCUCAGCCUCCACCAUGUAACGAGACAACCAACCAGCCUCUAUCUUUUCUGCAAGAUCUGGCUCAACCUUUCAACCAUCCCCCUGCACAUCCUCCAGAUAUACCUCACUCCUUCAGCCAGGUGUCAGCACACCCUCAAGGUCCAGCUCAGCAGCCCUUCAACCAGGCCUCAGGGCAUCCACCAUUCUACCGACCUCCAGAUGACCAGGAAAAGUAAAUCAAAUCACAAUAUAGUGAAUUGCUUUCAGUAUUGUUGGUCAAUCUAUGCAAAGUCUAUCCAUCAAAAAAUUUGAUUUAAAUGUGCUUUAGAAAUAAAGUUUGUAUCAUUAUACAGGUUAAUUACAGUUCAGAAUAUAUUUGACAGUUUGAUUUCAGGUUACAGUUAGAACGUUAUGUAGUGUUAUUAAACCGACAGAAACUUGCACUAUAGCAUAAUCAUUUUAUUUUGAACAUGAACAUUUUCAGAGUAAUUAUUCAAAGUACAACAUUGUAGUUAGCAGGUUUUCUUAUUUUUUAGCUGAGAAAAAUUCUUGAGUGGAAAAUAUUUUUGACGAUUUUUAUAGGGAUUAUUUGUUUACAUACACCUGCACAACUAAUUUUACAGGGAUGCAUUUCAUUUUUAUUUAUUUUUUCAGAACAAAACUGACCAUUUCAUCAUUAGUAUUGAAAAAAAAAAUUGUUACUCCACACUUUCAGAAUGUUAUGUUUAAACAUUGUCAAUUAAAGUUUCUUUUGUGAAUCAGCGUUGGCUGUAAAAAAACUCUGUUAGUGCCUCUCUGACUCUUGUUGGCUCAGCGGCAUCUUGUGCCUCUCCUUCUGCUAUCCUGAUGUCCUGAAGAAUAGUUUGAGCAGGUCCCUCAUAGGCCUCACCAUGCUUCUCACACACAUUGUGGAGAGUGCAGCAUGCACUUAUGAUGGUAGGGACAGUGGAGAUGUCCACAUCCAGCCGUUUCCCAAGGCAUCUCCACCGCCCCUUCAAUCGGCCGAAUGCACAUUCCACAGUCACCCUGGCUUUGCUGUGUCGCUCGUUAAAGUACCGUUGCUGCUCUGUGAGGUUUCCUGUGUCAGCGUACCCUUUAAUAAGCCAGCUCCGCAUGGGGUACGCCGGGUCACCAAGUAGCAUGAUCGGUACUUGGACACCGUU